AUGGGUGUAGAGGAGGAGGGCAAGACGGUGAUCAAGCUGGGCGGGCUGGCAGGAGGCUCGCUGCUGUUCUGCUUUCUCUGCUUUGUGGUUGUCUACGCCUUGUUCUUUGCCUACGAUGAUGGCUACGAUCAGCGCGACGUGUCGUACAUUUCAGAGACCGGCGACUAUCCGCCGCAGUCGACGUUCUUCACCUGCGGCCUGGUGGUGCUUGCUGGUGCGAUGAUGAUCGGGUUUCCGGCGGUAGCGUUUGAUGCCACCCGGCGGGUGGCACUGGCACUGCCGUACGCCUCGGAGAGGGGGCUGGCGCAGCUGGCCACCUUUGUGGCCUGUAACCGGCGGUCCAAGAUCGCAGCGAUUGGCGUUGUUGUCGGCUUUGUCCUCGUUGCCUCGUUCCAGGAAAUCCACAUGCAGAUUCCACACUCGACAGGCGCAGCUAUGAUGUUUGCCGGCUCGAUCUGGUACCAAGUGGAGGAUGUACGGAUGUGGCGGCUGCGAAUGGCGUUGGGACUCAACACUGCACCGGGCCCCGGAAGCCGGGGCUCGUGGCGGCGGCUAUGUGCAUGGCUUCAUUGGCUGAGGUCACCGAUGGUGGUGUAUCGGGUCCGGCUACUUGCGCUUGCCACGUCUGCCCUCGGAGCAGCCAUCCUCGCGGUGGCGAUUGCCGUCAACCGCGCCAUCAAUGGGCGCGACUCACGGACAUGGGCGUUGCUGGCCACUGGCUUUCGAAGGAGGCUGAGCUUGGACAAGUAA